UUUCUUCACUUUGUCAUCAAUAAAUCGAUCAAUAUCUCUGUGUUUAAAUUCAUCAAAUAAAAAACAUUGUAAACGAACGAUUAAAAUUUUGUGACAAGAGAGAAAAAAAAACGAAAUUUUAUAUAAUAUCUUUAGCAGCAAAACAAAAAACUUUGGAUUGAAGAACUUUUGAACUAGACUAAACAAAAUGCCCAGUACAAUAAAUGUAAUGAUGUCUUCACCAAUUAGACGCCGUUUAUAUCGUAUAAUGGAUAUUAUACUUCGUGUACCACCAUUAUUUAUAAUGGAUUCAAUAUUUUUAAGCAAUAUGAAAAUCGUACCAUUUCCAGAAUUAUUAUUCAAUUUAAUAUUCACUAAUACAAACUCAACAAAUUCAACAGUCUUUCAUCUGUUAUAUGAUAAACAAUCAAUGAUUACAACAACAUUGACUAGCCAUCAUCAUGAUUCGAAUCUUAAUUCCAUACAAUUUCAGGCAAUAUUGAAUAAUGCAUCUGCAAUUAUUAUGGCAUUAGUAUUUGUUGCAUCAAUGACAUUAUUUUUAUUACCAACCGAAUAUUUAUUUCAAUUCUAUAAAUGGAUAUUAUCCAUUGUGACGGCAUUAUUAUCCUAUAUUCUUAAUGAUCAUUAUGUAACAUUAAUGUUUACCAAUAAUGAUGCCAAUGGCAUUGAUCUACAACAACAAUUAUCAUUAACAAAUGGCAUACAUUAUAUGUUUAUUACAAACUAUAUUUGUCAAAUGGUAUUAGCCAUAUCAUUCAUCUAUUUAACCGGAAUAUAUAAAUCUAUCAUUCCAUUUGUUGCUGCAUUCUUUUUCAUUCUACCAUAUUAUGCAUUCUUUUUGACAAUGUUUAUUUCUAACAAAUAUUUGGUCUAUUUUCCAUCAAUCACAUUGGUCAUCUCUUUGAUAUAUAUACUGGUCACAUUAAUAUUGGACAUAAAGAAUAUAAUACAGGCAUUAUAUUUACAAUUUGUAUGGAUAAAAUCCUAUAUGAGAGAUUUAGGAUUAUUUGCAUUGAUUGAAUCAGAAUGGAAUCGUCUCCAUGUACCACAAAUAUUUCGUGUAUUCUGGAUUACACGAAUAACACAACAGGCAUUGUAUUUGAUGAUGGAGAAAUAUCCCACCGAAACAUCCGAUUCAUCCAUACUAUUCAAUGGUACGGCUGUAUUGGAUAAUGCUAAACAUCUGAUGGUUCGUGGAUGUGAAACUAUUAUUGCUGUACUUGGAAUGACAUCGGUAUUAUCCGGUAUCACUCAUCAAAUUGGCUGUAUGAUGCAAUCAUUUUUAGUACUUGAUGAUCCUGAUGAUCGUUCGAUUGGAUCAAUAUCGGCAAUAAUGUUUUUCAUACUUGCAUUACAAAAUGGCCUAACAUCGAUGGAACCGGAAAAACGAUUUUUACGUUUAUAUCGAAAUUUUUGCCUAUUAUUUACGGCCAUGUUACAUUUCAUACACAAUAUGGUCAGUCCAUUAUUGUUUUCAUUGAGUGCCUCAAGAAAUAUGUCACUAAAUCGACAUUUACGAGCUUUAUCUGUUUGUUCAUUUUUAAUUAUAUCACCAUAUUUGUUUCUUAAUUAUCUUUGGACCCAUCAUACUAUUUCUACAUGGCUAUUGGCCGUUUCAGCAUUUGGUAUUGAAGUUAUUGUUAAAGUCAUAAUUACAUUGUUGAUUUAUACAUUAUUUAUGAUUGAUGCUUUCCGUACAUCAAUGUGGGAACAAUUGGAUGAUUAUGUUUAUUAUGUUCGUACUAUUGGUAAUUUAAUUGAAUUUGUUUUUGGUAUAUUUCUUUUCCUUAAUGGUACAUGGAUUCUUAUUUUUGAAUCUGGUGGUACAAUACGUGCAUUGAUGAUGUGCAUUCAUGCUUAUUUCAAUAUAUGGUGUCAAGCAAUUGCAGGUCUUAAAACAUUUUUCAAACGAUAUCAAGCAUUACGUAAAAUCAAUUCAUUACCAGAAGCAUCACCAGAACAAUUACAACAAUUUGAUGAUGUUUGUUCUAUUUGUUAUCAAGAAUUAACAACAGCACGUAUUACAAAAUGUAAUCAUUAUUUUCAUAGUGUUUGUCUACGUAAAUGGCUUUAUCUACAAGACAUUUGUCCAUUAUGUCAUAAAACAUUAUAUAUUUGAGCUUGAAAAUUUCAUUUUCGUUUUAUUUUCAUUAUAAUUCACCAUACACAACAUUUUUAUUUCGUUUAUAUAUCUGUGAUUAUUGUCAUUAGCCACACAUUGAAUUCCACUGCUGCUGAUACUGCUAAAUCUUUUUUUUUUUUUUUUUUGCUUAUAUAAAACACAAAAACAAAACAGUAGAAAAAACAUUUAUUUUUUUC